AUGGGCAAUGGAUCUUCUCCCCCUCCGGCCCCGAAGCCGAAGUCAGCGAUUCCAUCCCGUCUUCUGAACGGCGGAUCUCCCCUCCACCCCUCCAAUCGCUCCAGGGAUGCUCGUGAGCGCGAGAGUCUGAAUUCUUCCAUCGUCUCAUCUUUCUCCCCUCGGGUCCCAGUGGAGUUCGAAUCGACAGAGAGGACCAUGUCCCAUCCUACAUAUGAGUCAGCGAAUGACUCGGACGAACUGACUCACAAACCACUUGUUGUGAAACCUACAUUGAAUGAUCCUCCCCGUGAUCCGAGAGACGAAGGUGGUCCUUUAACUCCACCCGCAACGGUGAGCCGUCCGGCGAGCCCCUACACUCAGUAUCCUCCGAUCGACUUCGACGGGCUGAGCUGGCCUUGUCCCGGCACGAGGGCGCGAUUGGAGUCGUCUCCCAAACAGACAGAAGAACGGAUUCAGAAGCUCGCGGGAGCCGUAAAGACAAUAUUGGAGUGCAUUGGGGAGGACCCUGAGAGAGAAGGGUUGCGCGAGACACCAGAAAGAUAUGCCAAGGCGAUGCUCUUCUUCACCAAAGGUUACGAAGAGAAUGUGCGGGACCUUAUGAACGGCGCAGUAUUCCAUGAAGAUCAUGAUGAGUUGGUCAUUGUCAAGGAUAUUGAAGUGUUCUCACUGUGUGAACAUCAUAUGGUUCCAUUUACCGGAAAGAUGCAUAUCGGUUACAUCCCCGACCGUCGGGUGCUUGGUCUUUCCAAGCUGGCCCGUUUGGCGGAAAUGUUCUCCCGAAGACUUCAGGUACAAGAGCGACUUACAAAACAGGUUGCGUUAGCCAUUUCUGAAGUACUGAAGCCGCUUGGUGUCGGCGUUGUGAUGGAGUCUUCGCAUCUGUGCAUGGUGAUGCGUGGUGUACAGAAGACUAGCAGCACCACCACCACCAGCUGCAUGCUUGGCUGCAUGCGUUCGAGUGCGAAGACCCGUGAAGAGUUCUUGACACUCCUACAUCGGAAAUAG